AGAUUGCUCAACCAGGGCACUGGGCCAUCCUUAACAGUGCACAAGGAGGCAUCGAGAGUAUUUGACACCAAUGAGCGCAGCAGGUGUGCUCUGUGUGUGGUAAAACGGAAACUGUUUGAAUCAACGACGUACCUUCAGGAUGAUCGCCUCACAAUCGAAUGUAUUAUCACUGUUAGCAAAGAACCACGGGUAACAGGAACCAAAUCGUUCCCAAGGAUCGAAGUGCCGCCAUCUGAUAUUGUAGAGCAUUUUGGCAAGCUUUUGGAAACAAAGGAAGGUGUGGAUGUCACAUUCAGUGUUGGUGGAGUCGAUUUGAAAGCACACAAGAUGGUGCUCGCCGCUCAGUCACCCGUCUUCAGAGCGGAACUCUAUGGACCUAUGAAGGAGGGAGGAACAGAGCCCAUAGUCGUUGAAGAUAUUCAUCCUGAUGUUUUCAGGGGCCUUCUCCAUUUCAUCUAUAAUGACUCAUUGCCUCCUUUUGAUGAUCUCAUGGAAGAUGAUUAUGGUGAAAUGAUCCACCACUUGCUUGUGGCUGCGGAUCGAUAUGCCAUGGAGAGGCUAAAGCUCAUGUGCCAAAGCAUCCUCUGCGAAGGUCUUCAUGUGCAGACAGUGGCAACCACGUUGGCUUUAGCGGAUCAACAUCACUGUGAUAUGCUUAAGGAUGCCUGCAUUGAGUUUAUCAUCUGUUCAAAUGCAAUGGAUGCUGUGGCAGCGACCCCCGGUUACAAGAAUCUGAAAAGAACUUGCCCAUCUGUUGUGAUAGAAGCAUUGGAGAAGACAAGUAGGAUUCGUAGAGCAUGACCAGCUCAUCUUAAGUAGAGUUUAUCAGGGGAGAAUCAGUCCAUCAUUUAAAUGAAUAGUCUGUCAGCUUUUGCCAGAGGAGCUCAUCCUAAACUGAUGAGCAGCUCACUGUUUUAUGAAUCUAAGGGAGGUUAGUGUAAUUCUGAAGUUGUGGGGGGCUAGCAUGCUUGUUUUGUUAUAUCCUCUCAUCCUAAUAUGCUAAUUGUUAGUGCAGGCAGUAUGCUUAUUGUAUCUUUUGGAUGCUUGAAUGCAUGAUUGUCUAUUCUUCGCA